UUUUCUUCGGUCAGAAUGCUUUGAAUUAUAUGGGGUGCAAUUUUGGGUAUUUUAAUUUUUCCAUUCUAAUCUUGUGAAUUCCAGGUAUGGUAGAUGAGUUACUUUUUUGACUUGGUGAGAUUCGGGGCUCAAUUCAUACCUAAAUAGGUCCUAGAUCCGGUACUGUGGUUUGCGCUCGCCCAACUUUGGGAUUUUUGCAAAACGAAUAUGUAUAUUUUAAACAAUGGGUAACACAUCACUACGCUCCUCAUUGAUGACAGGGGUUAUUGAUGAAUCAUGGAGGUCACGUGCUGACCAGUUGAAUGCAUUUCAUUUGUUUGUUUCACAAGGAAGCACACCACUAUCUUGAAAUUCGCUGAUUAAUAAAGUUGUGAUUGGUUACGAGGUACUUGCUUGCUUGUUAAACCUCGCUCUUCUUUAUGUCUGAUUUACCAUCUCUAUCUCGAUGGGUUUUCACACAAGCCAGGGACGCCAUCUAUUCUGUCAAUUUGCGCUGUCAAUGUUUCACAGCAGUUUUCCUGAUUUUCCAGAUAGUUGUUAUGUCGGACAAUAUUUGUGAGGGUGAAUGCGUUUUAUUUUCUCCAAAUGCUUCUUCAUCUUUAGUACCUCUGCGUGACGCAGUAAUAUGUCAAGUUUGAAAAUUGCAGAAGAAAGCAAGUAAAAGCUAUAGUUAGAAGCAUGCACAUCAGUUAGCACUGUGUAGUUGUGCCUAUUAUCAUGCUGGAAACAAGAUCUGUGCGAGGUAUGCCAGAACUGUCUUGGAACAACUGCAACACUAAAAUUACAUCCCCUCAGAUGGCAGCUCCAAUAAGACAUGGCAAAAGUGGCCAAGACGACAUAUGCUAUGUGGUGGCAAAAUACGAUUAUGAACAUCAGGGACCACAGGAGUUGGACCUUAAGAAAAACGAACGUUAUGUUCUACUAGACGAUUCUAAGCACUGGUGGAAAGUACAGAAUUCUAGGGGUCAGGCAGGGUACGUGCCCAGCAAUUACGUGAAGAAAGAAAAGCCAUCACUGUUUGAUAGCAUCAAGAAAAAGGUGAAAAAAGGUUCUGGUUCCAAAACCUUACCAUCAAAUAACUCACCUUCACGAGGAAUAGAAUCACCUGGCAUGGCGCGACGGUUACCUGCGGAUCCAUCCGAAGCUAUCGGUGUAGCUGUCGUGAAAUACAACUAUCAGGCCCAACAGCCUGAUGAACUGUCAUUGGUCAAAGGGUCCAGAAUAUUAAUUUUAGAGAAGAGUAAUGAUGGGUGGUGGAGAGGUCAAAGCAGUAACAUAUCUGGAUGGUUCCCAUCCAACUAUACCCAAGAAGAAGGUGAUGUCGACGAUACGCUACAUACCUAUGCAAUGGCGGAAAACGUAUUGGAUAUAUGUGUUGCAUUAUAUUCAUUUUCUUCGUCCAAUGAACAGGAACUGAGCUUUGAGAAGGGGGAUAGACUGGAAAUUUUGGACCGGCCCGCUAGCGAUCCUGAAUGGUACAAAGCUCGGAACGCUCAAGGUCAAGUGGGCCUAGUGCCUCGGAACUACCUUCAAGAGCUUUCCGACUAUAUGGACCGGCCAUUCACGGAGCGAAAAGGUGGCCAAGAUGGCGGUCCUGGUGUAACAGUUUGUCCUCCACAGUCUGUGGCCGUUCCAGGGGCGGUAGCUAUGGCUGCUGCGGAAAGGCCUCAUCUAAUAGAUAAGCCAUGGUACUACGGCAGCAUCACGCGAUACGUCUGCGAUAAUCUACUCAACCAACAUGGUCAUGACGGAGAUUUUCUUAUUAGGGAUAGCGAGACUAACGUGGGCGACUACUCCGUUUCACUAAAAGCACCUGGUCGCAACAAGCACUUCCGCGUCCACGUCGAGGGAGCUCUAUACUGUAUCGGGCAACGGAAGUUUCACACUCUCGACCAGUUGGUCGACCAUUACCAGCGGGCGCCGAUCUAUACCAACAAGCAGGGCGAGAAGCUCUAUUUGGUGCGUCCCUUGCCCAAGAAACAAUAACGCCGCUGCUGUCGUCAAGUAGAAGGACUUUAUAAAUUAUUGCUGGAGGGUUUGAGUGUUUCAGGACGAUUUUGAGGUAUUACAAUACCGUGUGUACGGCGUUCGAGGUUGAAACAAAGUACUGGUGUCUCAAAGAGUGGCAGGUUCAUUUUAUCGCUGAAUUUGAAUUCCUAGUCAAGAGAUACUGAUAUUUUCUUUCAAUAUAGCUAUUUUGUAACUGCAAGUGUUGAAAACUUACUAUUCUAACGGUUUUUACUGUUGGAAUAACCAGACUAGUCAAUAACUUUUGUCCAAUGCAAGUUCUCAAAUGUAUCUUCAGGUAUAAAACAAACUAUUUAAUUUUUCUAUCAGCUUACUCACGUUUUUACAGAGACUGUUUUAUAAACAUAAAGAUACUUUUUCUAUAUUUAUUACUUGCUAAAUCAGAACUCGAUUUUUUAUUUGUUGGUUUUGAUAGAAGUGAUGUACAAUUUGAGUUGACUUUGUUUAAAUAAUAAAUACUGGAGGAUACUUAAAACUCAUUUUUUUUUAAGUGGAACAAUUAUCUACGUCUCUUAGCAUGUUUCAUCUUUAUUUUCUUUAGUAUACUAUUAUUCGUGCUACUAAAUUUUCUGUAUUUUAUAAUUUAAUAUUUAUCAGAUCAAUGAAAUAUUUAGGACGAAGUUACUAAAUGCAUUAUAUUUACACAGUAUUGUGAUUUAUGUGGCAUUCGAUGCCAAUAUUUAGAUAUUAAAAUUACAGAGUGGUAACUCAAAAACUUGUAUAGUCGCAAUUGUUUUAUUAUCAUAAGUUUCUGCUCUCAUUCUUUGUGGAUGAGCUAUUUGUCAAAAGACUUUUAAAGAGUGCGGAAUAAGGAAAAUACUUAAGAAGGCUCAAGAAAAUUGAAGAACAAUAUGGACGAAUUCAAAACCUUGAGUACAUAUACAGGAAGUUUUAUAAUGAGAUACGCAUAGACAGAUAAAGAGCUAAAUGUAUGGAAGUGUAUGUUACUUUUAUUACAUUCCAAACGGACUGACUAACAUCAAAAAUCCACGGUCUUCCGCGGUAAACACAUUUCACAUUUUAAUAUUUUUGAAGUAACCAGCCUAAUCCUUCUUAUAGAACAUCGAGAUAUCUCAAUACCUGCAGUAAUGCCAAAUGUAACAACCACAGAAAAUAUAGCACCUGCUUGGUCAAGAAGCCCCCCAAAACUAUCCGAAACACGACAACCCCAAUGAUGUGUGGAUGUGUGCGUAUUUUUUAUUUUGAUAUAUAUAUAUAUAUGUAGUGUAUUACUAUAAUAUAAACUCGUGACCCGUGUAUACCUGAUGUCUGGUCAUACAGUUGUUUAUAUUUGUUCAUUUGUACAUAUUUUAAGUUAUUUUUUGAUAUUUGUGGUAUAUGCAAAGCACAAACUUAUGAAGGGCGUACUGUUGAAUUAUUGUUUGAAGGUCAAUGUGCACAAUACUACAAUAGUGUACUAAGUGUCCCGAGGAUUUGAAGUUUGUACAAAUAUGAAUUGCGAAUUUAUCCAUUUUUACACUGAGUAAAUCUCUCAAAAAGUACUCCAGUACCAUUAUUGCUGACUUUCAUAUUAUAGUGCCAGUAUCCCCUUCAUGUGGAUAGAUUGACAUAGUGAUUUAUUUAACCUUUAUUUAAUACUCAUACAUGUAAUAGGUAAUAGUAGUGUGUGGAAUAACAUAAAUAAAUUAAUGAAACCACGUGAGAGAUGAGGUGAAAUAUGAUGCGUUUUUCUGUUGGCAAAAACGGUGUUUCAGAACGCUAAAAAUCGUCACUUUCAUCUCAGAUAUGUCGUAUAGCCAUGUGAUGCAUCCUAAAAAUAAUGAUCCCGCUCGACAAUGGAGUCUCUUUGCUAGACGACAACAACCAUGAUAUUGUAAUCUGAUGUAUUCCUUACUGUCUGUCUGAUCUGCGCAUAAGACCCAUUGCUUUAGGUAAAUGCCAUGUAGGUCAGUCGGUGUGCCAGAAUAGGGAAGAAGGAAGAACAAGGAUAUUAAUGGAUAUCGAAGAAGAGGAAGUGGGUCAGUUGGGGUGGUGCCUGGGUAUUAUCAUUAGAAUUCUGAGAUAUCAAAUUAAUAGAAGUAGAAUUUAUUCUGGCUGACACUGUCAGAACUCCAUUUCAUUUUAUUCACAUGCGAUCUGCGGUCUCAUAUGCUUGACAACUUGCUGGCCAGGCUGGCUGACAAUAGUGUCGUCAUCCUUACUGUUGUUUUUAUAUCUAUGAUAGUACAGAUAUAGUCAUAUUACACGAAAAUACCCCUGAUUUGCGAAAUAAUUGUAAAGUAUGGUUUUAUUGAUGCAAGUUGUUCAACGUGGUAUUUAAAACAUGGACGCAUAAAAUGGGUACACCAAUUUUUGUGGGAAAACUAUUUUAUUCGACAACAAAGAAUUAGAAAACGUUUUUUUGGGAUCAAACUGAAAGUGUUGUCAGGAACCAAAAAACUUUAAAUAAGGUUUUUAGGUAUUUAUGAGACCACACGUAAAAAGAUUCGACUAAUAGUAACAAAGUUAUGGCCGAAAACCGAGGCAAAAUGCAGGUUUUGGCACUUGUGGCUAAUGCGACGAUAAUUUCACGCAGGUAUUCGAAAUUCUUCAAAUCUGUAGGCUUUAUACUUCUAAAUAACCGCAACAAAAUUGGAGUAAAUUCGUCAAGCAGUUUUUGAGAAUUUCUAAUUGUUUAUCCCAAAACACUACCACCAGUUUUGUGAGCGAUAUAUGAGGUGUGACAAUUAAGUAAUGCGAAUGAUUUUAUUGCCGCGCUUGUGGUAAACCUGCGACCUUUAAAUACCUUCACCUUCCUAGGCAUCCGUCCCAACUUCAUUGGUAUAUUUACCAUCGCUCUAGCUUGUUUAGUUCGCCUGCUGUGUCGUGUUGAGUAGACGUCUGUUGGUGGUGCUCGUCACGAAAAUGGAGCAGCAUCGAAUGACCCUCGCAGCAGACUGGGGCAAGUGUAAAACGAUCCCCUACUGCUUGAUCGAGUUAUUACAUGCGAUGAUAGCUGGUUUUUUCAAUAGGAUCCAUAAACCAAACGCCAAAACUCACAAUGGUUGUCUCCGUACGAUCCCCGCCUGCAAAAAGCUCGCAUGAGCAAGUCGAAUGUGAAAACGAUGAUCAUUACCUAUUUUGAUGGCCCUGGAAUCGUCCACAAAGAAUUUGCUCCAUCGGGCCAAACCGUAAAUCAAGUCUACUAUCGCCAAGUACUCUAAAAUUUGCGAAAACGAGUCAACAGGGUGCGCCCAGACAUCGCAAACAACAUGAUCCUUGAUCACGACAACGCGCCGUACCACACCGCCUUCAGCGUGUCCCAGUAUUUGACCUCUAAAGGGAUAGCCGUGUUGCAACAGCCUCCUUAUUCGCCCGGUAUGUCACCCUGUGACUUUUUCCUGUUCCUUAGAGCAAAGUCGGUGGUCAAAGGGACACCUUUUGAGACGAUUACCGACAUCCAAGCGGCCGUGAUAAGGGUACUCGCGGAUAUCCCAGUCGAAACGUUCCAGAAAUGUUACGAAGCAUGGAAGACGCGCUGGACUCGUUGUAUAGCUGCCCAAUGGGACUACUUUGAAGGGAUGGCAGAGUUGUAGAUUAAUUUUUAAAUAUACGGUUUAUAUGGAAUCACUCUCAUUAAUUGUCACACCUCGUACAGAGUUCGUUCAAAGGACAUUUAAUAGCAAAAUACACGCGUUUACCUUGCCGAUAUCAAUCGCAAACCAUUCCGAAAGAUAAUUGUCACUUUUAUGCGAAAAACGAAGGGUUACGUUUUUUUUCUAAACAAAUUCAAACAUUUCGUAUUUGUGAGUAGUUGAACAGUUCGCUACGAUAUUCGAAAAACAUGUUAUACACAUUUUAAAACAAAGUCUAUCACCUUUUUUUGCGAAGAAAAUAUUUUUUUUUCAAGAUUUCUUCACACUCUUGCGUAUACAUAUUUAGAAAUUUUUACACGGACACAGAUGAGCCUUAAAGUUUAUAAAAAAAAAUAUUUCAUACUGAAAUGCGCAGAACUGUUUAUAAAGUUAGCACCGAAACUGAAGACACGAUUAUGUUACUGUCUUAGACUAGUUAGUACGAGUAUGUUAGUAUGAACCUCCGACCUGCGGUUUUGCAAUCGUUACUCUUUCCCGCUACACUACGACGCCUCUUGGUUUACUGGAUCGUUAUACCACUAUACUUGACAGUGACAAAUCAUGUCAAGCGACCAUUGGAUGCAUAUCAAAUCUGUGAUAAACAAUAUUCUUGAAAACUGUUCCAAGAUACAAUGCUGAAACUUUAAAUAACGUACUAGGGACUAAUAUCGAGCAUUUUGCCUAAUUUUUCAGAUGAUCAGUUCGCUACAAUUGGUUGUUAUUUGUCUACCUUUUUUUCGUUUUCUCUCAUUUUGAACUUGGAGUCGUUUUAAUCGUACGAGAUUUUGAAAACACAUGUAUACCAGAUUUAUACUUUUAGAAAAAAGGUCCAGGGAAUUAUAUUUCUUCGCAAUGAAACUGAAAUACGUGACCUUCUUACUUGACAAAGUCAUGCAGUCUUCAAUAAUCCAGCCAUUUAUCACAUGCUACAUAUUAACUAGACUAAGACAGUCUGAAACAUAAUUGUCUUCAGUUUGCGUGCUAACUUUAUAAACAAUUCAGCGCAUUUGAAUAUGAAAUAUUUUUUUAUAAACUUCAAGGCUCAUCUGUGACCGUGUAAAAAUUUCGAAAUAAUAUGUAUGUAUACACAAGAGUACGAAGAAAUCUUGAAAAAAAUUGUUUUCUUCGCAAUAAAAGGUAAUAUAGUUGUAGUCACCGUUCUUGGCGGCUCAAAGUAAAACUACCUGUAUCCAUUUAUAUAUCUUCAUCUCCCUCAUACAUACACAUGCAAUAUUGCUCAGUAAACUAGUAGUGAUGACAAGACAGGGGUUUUGAGAUAAACAAUUAAAAUUAUCAAAAAUUACUUAACCAAUCGAGUUCAAUUUUGUUCUGGUUAUUUAGAAGUAUGAAGCCUACUGAUUUGAGGAAUUUCAAGUAGCUGCGUGAAAUUAUCGUCGUAUUAGCCAAAACCUCCAUUUUCCCUCGGUUUUCGGCCAUAAAUUUUUUACUAUUAGUCGGCUCUUUUUACGCGUGGCUUCAUUCUGUAGGUCUCAUAAAUACCUAAAAAUUUUAUUUGAAGAGGUUUUUUGUUCCUGACAACACUUUCGAUUGAAUCCCAAGAAACACGUUUCCUCAUUCUUUGUUGCCGAUUAAAAAGUUUUCCACAAAAAUUUGUGUGCCCAUUUUAUAUGUCCGUGUUUUAAAUAUUCCCUUGAAUAACUUGCAUCAAUAAAUAAAACUUAACACUUUACAAUUUUUUCGGGGAAAUUUAUUAAUAUGAUUAGACAAGUUACUGCUUUCUUGCAGUAUCCAGUGACUGACUUUGAAUCACCUGUUUUUGCUAUAUGAACUCGGAAUAAGAAUAUUGAUCACCGUCUCAUUUUUUAGACUUACGUGCUCAACAGCGAUUAACUCAAAAAUUAAGUAAAUGUAAACAUUAAUUUCUGUGAUAUAUUUGAAAAGAACGCCCUUUUGGUACAUAUUUUGGCUACUCCAUUCUUCUUGUUUUGUACUAGUCCUACUCUGCUAGUAUGAUUUGCGUAUAUAUUGUAUAUUUUGCAUUAAGGCGAGUGAUUCACUCACCCUAUAUACGGCCACACUGAAGCUUUUCAUUGCCCGUUGAGGCAGGCCUAACGUGAUAAAUGGCCAAAAGAUAAAUUUGUCGUCGUACCAUGUCUAUAUAUUUUCUUGAAGCUGAUUUUCUUCCACCUCGUGGCGGACGAUGAAAGCAUCGGACUGGAUAAGAACAGGAAUAUAGGUAUUGCUUGCUAAGUGUUUUGCUUAUAACUCGAUAAGUUUUUCCUAAUCCUAUUUGCAUCCUUGUAGAUAACCUCUUCAUAGUAGUUUUUCAAUGAUUGAAUAGUGUGGUGGUGUCAACUAAGUUUUUUUACAUUUCCACAAACAUCACUGCAUUUCUUAGUAGCCCAAGACGGUGUGGAUUUUCCGACUAUCGACAACGUCUUUAAAAUCUUGCUCACAUGAUUCAAGUUUUUGGGUGGCGGUGGACUGCUACUGCACCUCUGUAAUAGCUGCGCUGUAGUAACUCACCACGUCAGCUCGAAUCAACCUUCUGAUCUGAAAUAAUUAUGCUCCACCGCUUUAAUUUGCAUCAAAUUCGGUCGUAUGUAUAAAAUAUAUGAGGGUGGAUCUGUAUGUUUAGCAUAUCAUACAUAAAAUAAAUUGGCGUGAACCUUUUUUACCUUUAUAUGAUCGGUGAUGUGAAUAGGUUAAUGUAAAGGAAAUUGAAUAGAAAGUCAAAGUUAAGGCGGCAUAUGGACUUUUGUACAAGUUUGGAUACAUUUUGAGAUAUUAGGUGAAUUAUGUAUGGAUUAAAAGUUAACAGUCAAAUUAUUUUUGUAAAUAGGAAAUUUGUGUUCCUCGAUAUCCUAAAAAAUAUAAUGACAGUUUAGACUUUGCAUCUCCACGCAUCUGAGCACCAUUGAACCAAAAAUUAAAUGAUAGAAUGCCGGCCAGUUAUAUUAUAAAAAUGAAUUCGUAAGUUUUUGUUUCAAUGGUGUAAAAGUAUCGUAACUAACGUAUUCUUUAUUUUCGGUUUUCAGCUUUGUGUUGCAAGUGUCACUACCUGUAUUCAAGUUUUCAAUGUAGUUGCAUUUUGUAGGUCAUAUCAUUUAUAUGUUAUGAAAAACGGCUAUCGACUGGGCAAAUCUGCUAGUGCAUGCUUUUACAAUAACAAGUCUAGGAUACCCGGGAAAAAGCCGAACUUCUAGUUUAAAAACGUAGAUUUUCUUAAAAAUAUUCGGAUGGAAGCUUUGCGUUUUUAGUUUUCCAGAAUUAGUGAAUUUUCUGGCUCCUUUCCGGAUAUUCUGCAUCGGUCGAUACUUUGACAUAUUGUGCGAGAAGCUAUCGAUUAAACAUAUAACAUUAAUCCCGACUUCAAUAAAAAAACAUUCAAAUAUAUAAAAAAGUGUGCUAUUGCUUGGAAUUUGGAUAAGAAUCUCGUUCUUUGCAGCUGCCUGAACUUUACUCAAUGUGAGCAUUACACCUCGUUGAGCAGCUGUUUAUGGACAUGGGUUCUAGAAACAUGCCUUGCAGAUUGCACCAAAAAAGAUUGAAUUUUGUAAUGACAAAGUCGCGAAAUAACUUUUUCUUAUUCAUGUGCUUCUCUGCUUAAUGUCGCAACUUUAUGGAAAAAUGAAACUUGAACAUUUUAUGUUGUUCAUAUGAUUAUGCAUGUUUUUGUGUACUGUAUCCUAAGUACUCGUAUUAUUUAUAUAAAUUAGAUUCAGAAUACUUCAUUAGUGUUCCAUGCGUCUUUUUUAUAUGUCUGAUACUAUAUCGGUGCAGUAAGCAAAGUGUGUAUAAUAUAUAUAUUUAUUUAUUUUUUCCAGUAUUCAGAACCAACUUCUGCAACCAUUGAAAGAUAAUCGAGACUGUUACAUCUUUCCGUUAAAGGAAAGUAGUUUGUUUGGCAAGAUAAUGCAGUUAAUAGUCCAAGAAAAAUACUUCUUAGCUAUGUAUUCUGAAUGCAUCAUGGUUAGUGACCUAGUGAAUUUAGCUUAUGGACGCUGCAAAAACAAUCUGUCCUCAUAAAAUAUAAUGUAUAAUAUCCUUUGUAUGUCAAACAGUAUGUGAACAUUUCUCAAUAUACUAUACUUAUUU